CUGUUUUCCUUUCGUGACAGCUGUCAGAAUUUCAAACUUCUCUGCACUGAUUUUAGUGUUUUAUUUUAUUUGUUUACUGAAUUUCGUUAGUUUCGCUCAGUUGUGUGUUGGAAAUGUCCGCAAAAGCCGAGGAGUUAAGCGAAGCCCAGAAGGCUCGCAUCGAGCGUAACCGAAUAAAAGCACUUCAUUUGCGCCAGGCGAAGCUAAUAUCCCACCCCUAUGCGAAAGUAGAUGAUAAAGCCCAAACAACAAUUAAGAUCCAGGGAACCAAGUACAUCGAUAGUGGCGGCGGCUUCCUCGUCGAAGAACCCAUCGUCAAGGACUCGAAAGAUGAAAAGCAAGACGCUCAGGCUGCUCCGCAAACAGAGAAUGGGGCGAUCACGAUACCAGUCACAUACGAACAGUGCCUGGAGUGCGGAAGAGACUUUUUCGAAUCAAACCUUCUAACCAACUUCGAAUACGCCGUUUGUGACGAUUGCCGUGAUCCAGACGAUAAACAUUCACUGAUCACUAAAACUGAAGCCAAACACGAGUAUCUACUCAAGGAUUGUGAUUUGGAUAGGCGAGAGCCCCCGUUGAAGUUCAUUGCUCGGAAAAAUCCACAUGACCACCGUUGGGGCGAAAUGAAGCUCUAUUUGCAUCUCCAGGUUGAGAAGCGAGCACUAGAAGUUUGGGGCAGCGAGGAAGAGAUCAUUAAACAACGUGAACUGCGUGAGGAUAAACGAGAAAUCUCUAAAAUCAAAAAAUACAACAAGAAAAUGAAAGAAUUAAGAAUGGAUAUGCGAAGCAGUCUUUACGAUCGGACAGUCAAGGCGAGUCAUACACAUUCGUACGGGGAGGAAACAUACAAUGAAGAGGAGGAUACCUACACACAUACCUGCACUGAGUGCGGGUUUGUGGAAACUUUCGAAAAAAUGUAAAACAGCAACAACAUUAAUAAACGUGCAUUUUACUUUCGCAACAGAAGAGAUGCUCUUGAUUGAUAGUUUCUCCUUUCACAAAAAAAAUUGCUACUCAACUGUUCUUCUGUUUCAUAUUGAAAUCUACAAACACAAUUCGAACACUUUUAUUCCCUUGUUUAAAUGUCUGGAUAAUAGUUUCACAA